GGUAUCACGAGUCCAAAGGGCAGGGGUAGGAGGGGCCCUAGAGGUGAACGAAGAGAGCCCUAUCCAGAAGCAGUGAGCUGGAGGGUGGCAGGGGAGGAAAGACAAGAGGAAGACAUGGGAACGGCCACACUAGAGCCGGGAGUCUGAGUGAAGCCCGGUCCAGCGGAAUCGGAGUCCCAUGCGGCUGGCUGCUCUCGGGAGUUCUAGGUCUGAGAAACCAUCCUGGGGCCAAAAGACGAGGUAUUCUCACAGAACUUCCCCCACUCCCUAUAGGAUGACAUCGUCCCGUGGGAGGCCUCAGAACUGAAGCCUCACAAUGACAGAACCGGAGACACUGGCCCUGCUGGACAUGAAGGAACCCGAGGUUCCAGAGAAGAGCCCACCGCAGGCUUUAGUCCUGCAGCCAGAGGAGGAAGGUGGGACUGAGUCCCCUGGAGCUGAAUCCCUCAGAGUGGGGUCUUCAGUAGGGUCUCCUGUAGUCAGAGAGGGGCCUGAGGAUGGGCCCGACAGCACAAUAAGUGAGGCUGCCACUUUACCGUGGGGAACUGACCCCCACCCCAGCGCCCCACUUCCGGAUCCCCCGGGCUGGCGAGAUAUUGAACCAGAGCCCCUAGAGUCGGAAGCACCUACUAAAUCGGAGGAACUACUCAAAGAAGAUGCCAACCUGCUCCCCGAGAAGACUGUUAGGGCCUUCGUGCCCAUUGACCUACAGUGCAUCGAGCGGAAGCCACAGGAGGAGCGCAUCCUGCUUCGUGAGGCUGGACCAGGCGAGCUCAGGAAUUUCCUGCCAGCCCGACUCAGCCAUCCUGAGCCCCCAGAGUGCAAAUGGGCCGAGGCAGUUGUGAGACCCCCUAGCCGGUCCUGCGGGGGCUGUGGAAGCUGUGGAGGCCGUGAGGCACUGAGAGCUGUAGCCUCGGUGGUGGCUGCUCUCAUCUUCUUCCCCUGCCUGCUGUACGGAGCAUACGCCUUCCUGCCUUUCGAUGCUCCGAGGCUGCCCACCAUGAGCUCCCGCUUGGUCUACACCCUACGCUGUGGGGUCUUUGCCACCUUUCCUAUCGUGCUCGGGCUCCUUGUGUAUGGGUUGAGCCUAUUGUGCUUUUCUGCCCUCCGGCCCUUCGGCGAGCCGAGGCGAGAAGUGGAGAUCCACCGGCAGUACGUGGCCCAGUCUGUGCAGCUCUUCAUCCUCUACUUCUUUAACCUGGCUGUGCUUUCCACCUAUCUGCCCCAGGACACCCUCAAGCUGCUCCCCCUGCUCACCGGUCUCUUUGCCAUAUCUCGGCUGAUAUACUGGUUGACCUUUGCUGUGGGCCGCUCCUUCCGAGGCUUUGGCUACGGCCUGACUUUCCUGCCACUCUUGGCCAUGCUGGUGUGGAACCUCUAUUACAUGUUCGUGGUGGAGCCAGAGCGCAUGCUCACUGCCUCUGAGAGCCGCUUGGACUACCCUGACCACGCCCGCUCUGUUUCCGACUACAGGCCCCGCUCGUGGGGCUGAGCCCCCUAGAGCUGCACAGGGGGCUUUCGGCACUUCCCUGGAACAGCUGCAAGCCUGGCCUUUGCCCAGACAGUGGACCUUUGAUGCGAGGAACCUUGCUUCUUCCCCACUGGGGCCCCAAAUUUCCCUCUUCUCUGCUAGCGGCUGCUUUACCCCAGAGAGCCCAAGGGAGAAUCUGGCCAGCCUCCCACCAUGGCACAGGAGUUAUGUAUGGAUGGUUAUCUCGCUCCCUAGCUUCCCGUGGAUCAGGAGUGCAGAGCCACGGCCCAACCUGAACUGUCUGUGCCAGCUGCCUAGGUGAGAGUCAAGGAGAAGGAAAAGCUGCCUUAGCCCAGGGGUAGAAGUUGAUGUCGUAUCAGAUAGUUGGUGAAAGCCUUUCUAGGGGGCCUGGCUUCAGGACCUGCUACCGCUGGCCUCAAGACUCUUUUGCCUCAGUCAAGACUGUCAUAUAUAGCUGUUGUUUUUCCUGUCCCAACUUACACGGGUCCCUGUAACCUUCCACUUUUCAAACUUCCAAGAAGUCCCACUGUAAGGGGGGAGGGGCAUGGAGAUAAAACCUCCAAAAAGAACUGUGUAUAAACUCUCAUGGUAGCUAGGAAGGCAGAGCGCCUGGCUGUCAGGCUAGUAUAUACCUGUGAGUAUGUAAUAAAUCAAUCACUGCCAGA